AUGGCAUUUUACUCUGCGGAGGAACAAACUGGGGAUUACCUUUUCAAGAUUGUUUUGAUUGGUGAUUCAGCUGUUGGGAAAUCAAAUUUGCUUGCUAGAUUUGCCAGAGACGAGUUUUACCCUAAUUCGAAAUCCACGAUAGGAGUAGAGUUCCAGACCCAGAAGAUUGGAAUUAAUGGGAAGGAAAUUAAGGCACAGAUCUGGGAUACAGCUGGUCAGGAGCGAUUCAGGGCUGUUACAUCUGCAUAUUACAGAGGUGCAGUUGGAGCUCUUCUAGUCUACGACAUCAGUAGACGCCAGACUUUUGACAGCGUUGGCCGAUGGCUCAAUGAACUUCACACUCACUCCGACAUGAACGUAGUUACAAUUCUUGUUGGCAACAAGUCUGAUCUCAAAGAUGCCCGAGAGGUUACAACAGCUGAAGGCAAGGCCUUGGCUGAGGCACAGGGUUUGUUUUUCAUGGAAACAUCAGCUCUUGAUUCCUCCAAUGUAGCUGGUGCCUUCCAGACUGUUGUUAAAGAGAUCUACAGCAUUUUGAGCCGAAAAGUUAUUCAAUCCCAGGAGCUCAAGCAAAAGGACCCUGGUUGGAUGGGUGACGGGAAGACAGUAGUUUUACAGGCUGAUGCGAACCAGGGAGAUGGGCAAGGCAAAAGGGGUUGGUGUUGUUCAUCUUAAAGGAGGAAGGAACUGGAUUAGAAAAUGUAAAUGACUUUCAAGGCGAUUGUGAUAGUAUUUUUCCGUUUUUUACGUCUACUUUUUUUUACCUUUCACUUUUCACCCUUUUCAAUCCACUGCAUUGCCUCCUUCCCUUGUUUGCUGUUGAGGAAGGGAACCGGAAGGAAUGAGUGGGUCGGCGGCAGCCUUGGUGUGAAAAUUUUCACUAGGUGGGCUGGGCCUUGAAAUAAAUUGGGAUGAAAUGUUGGGUCUGGGCUGGGCUAUUGUCUAUCUUGGCAAUCAUAAACCGAUGGCCUCUUAGUCCCAAAUAUGGACUUAACAAUCUUGUUCUUUACUUAUAAUUGUUG